CCAAUCAGACUGAAGGAGAGGCGGCCUGCGCGCGGCGUCAAUCACGCUCGCUGAGUGGCUGCAGCGCCUCGCGCCUCGUCCGCUCGAGCCGCAGAUCACUCGAUCCUCCGCCGCUGCCGGAUGUGUACGGAACCCGCGCGCUCUUCUUUACGGACGCUCACAAAUAUCGCACUCUCUCUGGAUUGUGUUUUUUUUUUCAUUUCUGAUGUUUCUCAAUUGCUCUCCGAUGCAGAGAAAUGGGUAAACUUCAUUCCAAACAUGGACCCAUUGGAUGAAGGUUAUGCUGAAGGUAUCAGUGAUGAACAUUAUCGUUUAGAAGUGGCCCUGCCCCCUGAGAAGACUGACAGUUGUAGUGUGGAAGAGAGAAUGCAGGACACUGAAGGCUCGGCCACUGUUGGACCACACAAACAAUUACAGUUUGAGGAGUUGGAGUGCGCCGUAUCAGUUGAAGAAGAUAACAGGCAGGAGUGGACUUUCACCCUCUAUGACUUCGAUAACAAUGGCAAGGUCACAAGAGAGGACAUCACCAGUCUACUGCACACCAUUUAUGAGGUGGUGGACGCAUCAGUGAAUCACUCCCCCAGUAGCAGUAAGACCCUCAGGGUGAAGCUCUCCGUCGCCCCAGACUCCAGCCGGAGAUGGAGAAACUGCACCCAGACCAACACAGACACUCCCCAUCCCAAGCAUAAGGGAGAAAAGUGCAUUGAGGACUCCAAGACUUCAGAGAAAAAGUCAAGAGCCUUUCUUAGGCGUUACCAUGCUGACCAGCAAGGUUGUCAGCGGCACUGUGUGGAUGAGAACUUGGAGAGAAGAAACCAUUACCUUGACCUGGCCGGCAUUGAAAACUACACAUCCCGCUUUGGAACAGCAGCUCCUGCCACAGAACCAGCAAAACUCAACAAUACCACGCGUUCAUCCAAUCAGACGCGCUCACGUUCUCAGGAACCCGAGAAUGUCCACGCAUACUCCGCUCACCAUCGGCGCUCACAGACCAUGACCACGGAUCCUCCUGCCAUCCUCUCCCGGCACUCACACGCAUUUCGUUCCCCCAAAACGCACCGCACACCGCCCACACUGGCCUCCGCUGGUCGGGUGAUGAGAAGAGGAGUGCCCCCUCCCCCAGCGGUCCCCAACCAGACCCCUCCGCACCAAAGCUCAGGUCCGUAUCGACGACACAAGCAGAGGCCUAAAGAAGGGCUGCACUAUCGGGCUCCUGGGCCGACUGUGACGUCUGGCCCAGUCAUAGAGAAAGAGCAUGUGAGGGAUCUGCCCAGUCUGGUGCUGUAUGAAGGAGGACUAGCUCAGGUGGUCCAGCGGCAUGAGCAUCAUCAUCAUCAUGAACAUCAUCAUCAUUACCAUCACUUCUAUCAGUCCUGAAGAGUAAAACACAGACGCCUACUUAAUGGAUCUAAAUAAGAAGAACCACUAGGAACGUAACAAAUGAUCUUAAAUCUUCUUGCAUGGCCACAAUGAGGCUGAGAAGGACAGAAAGAAUCAUUUUCAUGCCAAAGUGGCAGACAAUAUUUGUAUAUAUAAGUGUGUGUGUGUGUGUGUGUGUGUGUGUGUGUGAGGUUGUGUGAGUCAGUUUGAAUGUGUGCUAUUGUAUUCAGUCCUGUCUUUAGCAGCAGGAGAGGUUUACUUACUACGUAAGGGCUCUAUCUUUCCCUUUUCUCUUCUUUCUUUCUCUAUCACUCUGUCUGCCUCCUUUGUUUUAUCUCUCUCCCUCUCUUAAUUCUUAUCUGAUUGGUCUGUUUGGUUGAAAAGGUAGUCAGCCCUGUUAAAUGAAGAAUUUUGAGUUGUCAAACCACUUUUGAAGGAAUACAAUUCCUUGGUUGUGUAAUAUACAUUUUGUCUGUGUGUGUGUGUGUGUGUGUGUGUGUGUGCGCGCGCGCGCACGAUCUGCGCGUCUAUGUGUGCCUAAGGUGUCUUUUUUACACUUAUGCUGUUAUUGUUUUUUUCUUUUGUUUUUUUCCACUGAAGACCACUUGAAAAGCACUUCUUGUGCCAUUGCAUUCGAGACACUUUAUCUAUGAAGAGCUUCUCUCUCCGAAACAACAGAUCUGAAUCAACACCUUUAAAAAUGCAAUACAGGACACAUGUAUAUAAAAGAGCCAGUAAAGACGCUCAAACUGUCAAAAAGGACUUUGUUGAAGGACAGUAUGAGAACUUCACUCUACACUUUAAAAUCUACAUGAAGAAAACAGAGCAUCAUAAUCAGCUGCUACCUCUAGUAUUAUUGACAAUUUUUAUUAUUGAGAUUUUUUUUUAUUUGUCUCUCUAUUGUAAUAUCCCACAAAUCUGCAGUCAUGUCAAGAUGUAUCGGAUUUAAAUCCAUUGUAAGCUUUGUUACUGAAACAUUUCUAUUCAUAUUUUUUUCUCUGUCCCCGUAACUUAAGCUAAUUGCAUUCUAAGAACACUAGGCAUCAGAGUUUAUAGUGUAAUUAUGUAUAUCAGACAAUAUGAGUUC